GUGGUUCAUGUAAAACACCAAGCUGUAUCCAAGAGAAGGGAUUCUACCAGAGCUGUUGCUUUGGAUGCAGAGAAUAACAAUAUCCAGGUCAAGGACAUUGUCAAGGUCAUUGAUGGCCCCCAUUCUGGUCGUCAAGGUCAGAUAAAGCACCUGUACCGUAGCUAUGCAUUCCUGUAUUCUCGCAUGAUGACAGACAAUGGAGGCAUAUUUGUGUGCAGGACCAGGCAUUUAGUUCUGGCUGGAGGGUCCAAGGUCACUUCUACAGGCCCCAUGCUGGCAGGUUAUAUGUCUCCUCGCCUGUCCAGUCCUGCUCACCCCAGUGGUGGGGGUGGGGGUGCUGGGGGGCCAGGUGGCGCAGGGCGUGGCCGGGGAACCAGCAACAGGGAUAGGGGUCUCAUUGGACAGACUGUCAGGAUCAUUCAGGGCUCAUAUAAAGGUUACAUUGGUAUUGUCAAGGAUGCCACAGAUACUACUGCUAGAGUGGAGUUACAUUCCAGCUGCAAAACCAUCUCGGUGGAUAAAACAAGAAUACGUUCAGUUAGUGAUGGCCGUCCAGGUGGCGCUUCAUCUUACACACCCAGGACGCCAAUGUACGGAAGUGGUGGCCAGACCCCCAUGUACGGCUCACGUACACCCAUGUAUGGCUCUCAGACACCCCUCCAUGAUGGCAGCAGAACCCCCCACUACGGCAGCCAGACCCCCUUACAUGACGGUGGAGGAAGGACUCCUGCCUGGGAUCCCACGCAGUCUAACACUCCUGCAAGGGCCAACGACUUUGAGUACAACUUCGAUGAAGCAUCCCCAUCCCCUGCUGGUGUGGAUUAUGGCACACCUAACCCUGCCACCCCUGGGUAUUCUGCUGACACCCCCAGUCCUGCAGGGGGGCCAUACACCCCGCAGACCCCAGGGAGCAGUUACUCCUACCAAUCCUCACCUUCUCCUGGAGGGUACACACCAAGCCCUGGAGGAUACAUCCCCACCCCGAGUCCUCAGGGGUAUGGCAGUAACACACCAUCCCCCUCUGGUUAUGGUAGCACCCCAUCACCCAUGGGGUACAGUCCUAUGACCCCCGGGGCACCAUACACACCACAGACACCUGGAACAGGCAUGGAGCAUGGUGCUGCAGACUGGCAUACCACUGACAUAGAGACGAGAAUCAAAGACACCCACGAUGAUCCUAACCUGAUCCACCAGAUAGGCGUCAUAAGGGGAAUCUCGGCUGGCAUGUGCUCCCUGUUCUUACCUGAAGAUGAGAAGGUGAUCACAGUGUCCUGUGAACAGCUGGAACCAGUGGUGCCCACUAAGGGGGACAGGGUAAAAGUGAUCAUUGGUGAAGAAAGAGAGGCCUGUGGUCAGCUUCUGUCCAUUGAUGGCAUGGAGGGAGUGGUCAAGACUGACCAUGGAGACUUAAAAAUGUUGCAGAUGAGAUGUCUUUGUAAGAUGCCACCAGCCUGAAAUGUGACUGGUUUAGUAAAUCCAGAGACUUGUUGAGCUUUUACAACUGACUAUACAUAAAAUUUAUUCCCUGCAAGUGCUGCAAGCCCAAAAAUAAAAACACACACAUAUAUAUAAGGGAAGUCACCUUUCCAUAAUCCCAUGGGAAAAAGGACAUGAGAUUACUACUCUGACUAUGAAUUAGAUUCUUCAAAAAUUCACCAGCUUGUUCUCUAAGUAGAACAUGUUUUAAUUAUGAAGUCACAGUGUUGUUAACAGAAUGACACAAGUGAGGUUUUAUUUCGUGUUAACCUGGGUUUGAUUCUUGUGUAAUAGACUCACACAGGAAAAGAGAUUGACCGUAUCACCUGCAGGCUAUCACAGAAUGUGUUUGUAAUGACAUCCUAUUCGGAAAUUGUAAAUGUAUUUUGAUUAGCUUUAGAUUAGUUUACAGGUUGAGUGGAUUUUUGAAUGAGAAAAAUGUGGAAACUAUUUUGUUGCCAUUUACUGUUUUUGUAGUGUUCACUGACCAACACUUUUUGUAGCCCGAAAAUUAGCAUAUGAAUGUCAUUUUUGAACCACUUAUUUGUUUGAGGAGGCCAUUUGGAAGUGACACUGUCAACCAUUUUGAACGAAUUUGAUGGAGAAUGCCUUGCUGUUAUAUUCAUUUUAUUUUUGUGUACUUUCACUGCUUAUCAUCUGCCAAAAGUACAAGAAAGAUAGAAGUGUUACAUCAGUCAUUAUAAACUAUGAACUUAUGUAUGAGAAGGAUUUGAAGGACAAAUAAAUGAAAUGUAAAAUAA